UUGAUCCAACGCUCUCUUCUUUAUAUUUUUGAUUAACUCAAGCUCUCUUGGUUUGCUUUCAUUUAGCAUUAGCUAUAUGUAAACUAUUUGGUAAAUGUCAUUUAUUAGCUUGCUUUUAAAGAAAUUCAAUGGGGAGAAAACCGUGCUGUGACAAAAUUGGAUUGAAGAGAGGUCCUUGGACUAUAGAAGAAGAUCAUAGACUCAUGAACUUCAUUCUUAACAAUGGCAUCCACUGCUGGAGAAUUGUCCCCAAACUCGCAGGUUUGCUGAGAUGUGGGAAGAGCUGUAGAUUGAGAUGGAUCAACUAUUUGAGACCCGAUCUCAAGAGAGGUGGUUUUACUGAUGCUGAAGAAGAUCGGAUUAUGGAACUUCACUCUCAACUAGGCAACCGGUGGUCUAAAAUUGCCUCGCAUUUCUCUGGUAGAACGGAUAACGAGAUAAAAAACCAUUGGAAUACGAAGAUCAAGAAGAAGAUGAAACAUCUUGGUUUGGAUCCGGCUACGCACAACCCGAUGAAUGAUAUUACUCAUCAAACCGAUCCUAAUCAGGACACAAAACCAAAUAUGUGUUCUACCAUCAAUGAAGGAGAAGAGAUCAAGGAUCAAACUCCAAAAGAUGAUGUUAUCACAGAAACAACAAAAACAUUAAUAUUGUCUGAUAAUGAUGAUGAACUUCGGGCGGAAAACUGCAAAACUCUAUGUGCAGAAGAAGUAGACUUGGAAUAUCUAUUCGAAACGCAAGGCAACGAGAUAUCCUCUUCGUCUUUAUCUUCGUUGUAUAGUAAUAUUUCAAGAAGUGAAUCUUCAUCAUAUCUUGCAGAAGAUUCGAUCUCUUUAGAGCAAUGGGACUUGGAUAUGACGGAUCCUCUUGUACCAUGGGAUCUGUUCGCCAAUCUUGAUGAUAAUCUUUUCUUCUUAUGAGUAUAUAAUGUAAUAUAACAUUAUAAUAUAU